CGCCGGCCGGCUGGCAGUCGAUCGCGGGACGUUCUUCGAGCGGCACGUGUGCUACGCACCCGCCACGCCCUCCACGCGAUCGCAACUUCGCGCGCCGUCACAAACGCGCCUUCAGUCAUCGCAGCGACCGGCUGCGACUCGCACGCCUCUUACUCUCGCUUACUAGCUCAGACCGACAAUGUGCCGGAUUUAUGUGUCGACAAUAGUUGUGAUCGAACAGGUGCAGCCCGCUAGCGGCGAAUAAGUGUUGUGGUUAGACCGCCAGUGAACUCGGUGACUGUGUGAACGUUGUCGCGGUUCAGCGCCGCCGUAGGGAUUCGUAUCCGAGCAGCCGCUACGUGCGGCCGAGCAUGACGAUGGACCAGCAGUCAGGCCUCAUGUCCCUCAAUAUGUCCGCGUUCGACCUGAGCCCGGGUCCCGAUGGCUCCGGCUCGGGCGGUGGGCCCUCCAGCGCCUCUCAGCAGUACGUGCCGCAGGGCGCCGCGUACCAGUGCGCGCCCGACCAACAGCCUUUCGGCUAUGCCAACUUGGACACUUCAUAUCUAUUUCCGACAGGCACCGGUGAGCCGGGUGCCUACCUCCCCGCCGCCGCUACAGUGUGCGACCAGACCGACACCAAGGAUGUCAUAGAAGAGCUGUGCCCCGUGUGCGGCGACAAAGUCAGCGGCUACCACUACGGCCUGCUCACCUGCGAAUCCUGCAAAGGAUUCUUCAAGCGGACCGUGCAGAACAAGAAGGUGUACACGUGCGUCGCAGAGCGCGCCUGCCACAUUGACAAAACACAGAGGAAACGGUGUCCCUUCUGCCGAUUCCAAAAGUGCCUCGACGUCGGCAUGAAGCUCGAAGCUGUCCGCGCGGACCGUAUGCGCGGCGGGCGCAACAAGUUCGGUCCGAUGUACAAACGGGACCGCGCCCGUAAGCUGCAGAUGAUGCGGCAGCGCCAAAUCGCAGUGCAGACGCUGCGCGGCUCCCUCGGUGACGGCGGCCUCGUGCUCGGCUUCGGUUCACCCUACGCCGCGGUGCCCGUCAAGCAGGAGAUACAGAUCCCUCAAGUGUCGUCGCUGACCUCCUCUCCGGAGUCGUCACCGGGGCCCGCGCUACUGGCUGCGCCGCCGCAGCCGCCCCAGCCGCCGCCACUGCCCUCACACGACAAGUGGGAGGCGCACUCGCCGCACUCGGCCUCGCCCGAUGCAUUCGCGUUCGACGCGCCCGCCACUGCCGCAGCCACGCCCUCCAGCACCGAGCCCACCAGCACCGAUACGCUGCGCGUCUCGCCCAUGAUCCGGGAGUUUGUCCAGACCAUCGAUGACCGCGAAUGGCAGAACUCGCUAUUCGGACUCUUGCAGAGCCAAACCUACAACCAGUGCGAGGUCGAUCUCUUCGAAUUAAUGUGCAAAGUGCUCGACCAGAACCUCUUCUCGCAGGUCGACUGGGCGAGGAACACCGUGUUCUUUAAGUAUUUAAAGGUCGAUGACCAGAUGAAGCUACUGCAAGAUUCAUGGUCCGACAUGUUGGUCCUAGAUCACCUCCACCAGCGGAUGCAUAACGGCCUGCCCGAUGAAACCACGCUCCACAACGGACAGAAGUUCGAUCUUCUGUGCUUGGGUCUGCUAGGUGUGCCUGCGCUGGCUGACCACUUCAAUGACCUACAGAACAAAUUAGCCGAGCUCAAGUUCGACGUGCCAGAUUAUAUUUGCGUCAAAUUUCUUCUCUUGUUGAACCCUGAGGUGAGGGGCAUCGUGAACGUUAAGUGCGUGCGCGACGGGUAUCAGACGGUGCAGGCUGCGCUGCUUGAUUACACGCUCACCUGUUACCCCUCGAUACAGGACAAAUUUAGUAAAUUGGUGACCCUGGUCCCGGAGAUUCACGCUCUAGCUGCCCGAGGGGAAGAACAUCUGUACCAGAGACAUUGCGCCGGACAAGCGCCCACGCAAACACUCCUCAUGGAAAUGCUUCACGCCAAGCGCAAGCCGAACGGAGGCGAAAUGGUUACCCGGAACGCUGAGCACGCCUCGACUCUAGACAGAUUGUGCGGAUUCCUGCCCAGUGACACGAUUGAGCCGCAUUCGCCAAUAUAGAAUCUUAAAGUGGCUGCGAGGUGCGGAGAGAGAGUGAAGUUGCGCCAAGCGCUCCCGACAACUUCACCAAUGAUGUUCUA